UUCACACAACAUUGGCUGAGCUGCAGUUCUUCCACUCUCCUGCUGAUUCGCAGAUCUCCCAGUGCAUGGAUAAGUCCACCCCACCACGGUCUGCCUCUCAUCUCGGUGGAUCACGUUAGCACACUGACACGCAUUUGUGGAGUAUAGACCGUCUUCAACAUGGUUUAAUCUCAAUGCAAGCAGCAGCAGCUGUCAUGUGAAUCAGCUGGACGGACAAGGAAGAGAUAACAACACGGCGCUGUGUUUCUAAAUCAAGGUUAUAUCUGGUGAGGCGGCAGGAUGGCGGGGGCAGAGGUGUUUACCCCUGCGAACCCCACCUGCAAAAUCAUGACGUUCAGGCCCACCAUGGAGGAGUUCAAAGACUUCAACCAGUACCUGGUUUAUAUGGAGUCUCAGGGUGCACAUCGCGCAGGUCUGGCUAAGGUGAUUCCUCCUAAAGGCUGGAAGCCCCGUCGUACCUAUGAUGACAUAGAUGAUCUCAUGAUUGAUGCUCCCAUCCAGCAGAUGAUGGCUGGCCAGUCAGGGCUCUUCACUCAAUACAACAUCCAGAAGAAGCCUCUUAGCGUGCAGGAGUUCAGGCGAUUAGCUAACAGUGACAUGUACUGUACACCACGCUACCUGAAUUAUGAAGAUCUGGAGAGGAAAUACUGGAAGAACCUGACUUUUGUCUCACCCAUAUAUGGUGCUGAUGUCAGUGGCAGCCUCUAUGAUGAGGAUGUGGAGGAGUGGAACGUUGGCCACCUCAACUCUAUCCUGGAUGUUAUCGAGGAGGACUGCGGUGUUUCCAUCCAGGGGGUGAACACUCCAUACCUAUACUUUGGCAUGUGGAAGACCACAUUCUCGUGGCACACUGAGGAUAUGGACCUGUACAGCAUCAACUACCUCCACUUUGGAGAGCCCAAGUCAUGGUAUGCAAUCCCCCCUGAGCACGGGAAGAGACUGGAGCGUCUGGCUACAGGUUUCUUUCCUAACAGCUUCAAGGGGUGUGAGGCUUUUCUUCGUCACAAGAUGACUCUAAUCUCCCCUUCCAUACUGAAGAAGUAUGGCAUUCCCUUUGAUAAGAUUACUCAGGAAGCUGGAGAGUUCAUGAUCACCUUCCCUUAUGGCUACCAUGCUGGCUUCAAUCAUGGCUUCAACUGUGCGGAGUCCACCAACUUCGCCACUCUGCGUUGGAUAGACUAUGGCAAAGUAGCCACACAGUGCACUUGUAGCAAGGACAUGGUAAAAAUAUCAAUGGAACCGUUUGUGAAACAGUUUCAACCGGACCGCUACGCCAACUGGAUGGUGGGCAAAGAUUCUGCACCUCUUGAUCACAUACUCGCCACUCCCAGUACAACACCGGAGCUGCACAGCUGGUUGCAGAGGAGGCGCAAGGACAAAGUUACUUUGAAUAAAGGCAGCACCCACUCUCGUAUGCGAUCCAAGCGCCUCAGAACCACUGAGGAGCCCAUUGCCCUGGAUGGCAGCACAGCGCUGACCAGCAGCAAGAGGAAAGGCCUGGGGGGUCCGACUGGUCCCAAGGUGCGAAAGUCUGCUGCUGGGACAAGCUGCAAGGAAGAGGAGGAAAAAGAGAAGAAAAUGGAAGCCGAGUCAAAGCACAAACAGAACCAGAACCCUUUUCAGCUCUCUGGUCCUUGCAGACAGAUGUGUGUGGUCAAGGUAAAUCGUGUAGAGAGUAAUAGUUUAAGUCUUUCGAAUAACUCUUACUGCAACCCCAUUCCCUCUCCUGCUGCACCAGUGACGAAUGACCUAAAGGAAGAGACGGUCACUCACACUGACCCUCAACACCUCUCAGGGUCAGGGGUCACGAGAAGGACUCCCGAUGGACUCAGACAAGGGCCUGAGGAUACCAUGAUGCACCUGGGAACUAAUGAGCCAAGGUGUUGCUCUCCUGAACCACAAGACCUCUCACCUUCUCAGGACUGCUGUAUCAGGGUCUCUCCCCUGGAGGCUCAAACACUCAGCUCGUCAUCCAACACAAUAAACAACUCUGCUGAGACUGAGAUGAGCUCGUGUCCGCCUGACUAUAACUCUCAAACAUCGAGUUUCUCAUGUAAAGAAGACACUUUAAGGCUAUCACCAAACACUGACACUAGCAUGGACACGGGUACUGAUAAUUACACUAACAACAUCGCUAAAGCAGAGAAAAUAAACACAAUUGUUGAUACCAAACAUACCAAUCCACACUCCACUACAAAAGCACUUUAUGAUCUUAAAUCUGAGCCAGCAGAGGGGGGUAGUAGCACAUCAUGUUGCUCAUUUUCACCUUCAGGACAAAAUUGCAAUUUGGAGAAAAACAUCACCAAGGGAAAUCGUUGCCCUCCUCUGCUGCAGAGGAAUGCAGUAGAUAUGCCACAACUCACUCUGGAGCCAGCAGAUAUGGUUGGAAUCUGCCCUUUGCCACCUGUACUGAUCCAAGAGAUGCCCUCCCUCACCCCGGCUGAGUAUGGGCUAACCAACGUCCCCAAAGCUACAUCAGGCAGUCACCAGGGUGCACCUGUGCUUCAUAGGGAGACGCUAACUAGCUCUCUGUCCUCAAAUGGAGCCAAACAGGAGUUAAAAAGCAACUUAAAGAUGUCAAAAGAACCUCUUUCUGUAGAACGUGCCAACAAGUGGAAGUCAGAGUCUUCAUAUAGCUGUAAAGGGGCAGCAGUGUCUGGUUCAAAAGGAGACGGGGCUCAUUUAACUACCAAUGCUAUGCACAAAAUAAAAUCUGGUGUUGUCCAUGAAAAGCUAAAAGCGCCAGGAAUUGCUGCGGAACAGGAGCAUAUAAAGCUGGAAAAUGUUCCCACUGGACAAACUGAUGCUUCCCCUCUCCAGCUAGUUAAGAGCAAUGUACCUCAAACAGAGCAGCAGUACAGCCUAUUAGAGUUAGCAAGCAAAGAAAACUCACAGCACCCGGCUCAUAGGGACAAUGCAUUCAGUCUGAACAAUGGUCUGCCUUUUUUAACUGGUACCUCAAACUAUAACCCCCAUACGCCAUUAUGCAGUCAAGGUGACUCGGCACUACAGCUGCACCACCACACUACAUACUCCCCUUCCCAUUGUACUUUUGAGAACUCAUACAUGGAACCCAAACCUUUCUCCAGCAGUAUUUGGAAAAACUUAAAUUCCCAGGGUCCUGCAGUACUCAUCCAGAGUCUGCACCCAGAACUCCCCUCUGACUUCACCCACGACCCGCUGCCUUACACCAUGUGGACCGAACCUCAGUGCAAAGAAGUCACAGACCUGGAGGUCACAGAACAAGACCUACGUGAGUCUGAGAACCAGGAAGAGGAAGGGGGGCCUCUCACCUGGGCCCAGCUCGAGCCCACCUCACUAGUUUCAGUUGGUGCUGUUGAGUCCCUGGGCCUCUGUGGGGAUUAUGAGCUCCACCGAGGGGACACAGAUGGGUCUGACGCCCUCUCCUUGUGCAGGGAGCUGGGGAGACAUAGGGACACAGAGGAGAGUCUACACUCCAAUACUGCUGUUACACCUCUGAAUAUGGCAGGAGGUGAACAGGAUGGGGUGUCUGACAUGGAUGAAAGGGGAUCUGAUGGCGAAGAGAUGGAGCAGCAAUGUAGAGUGAAGGGAGAGAGCAGUAGUGACUCAUCUGAUGAGGAGGAACAACAAGAAGAAGAAGAGGAAGAGGAGGAAAAUGAUACAAGUAACUGCGAGUGUGAUGAAUCAGGCCUGGAACCUGGGGAGUACCCUGCCCUGUCGGUGAAGAGGACCACGAAGAGCUGGCGACACCCACUCAGGAAACCUAUGGCGAGGGCUGUACCCACGGCUGUCAAACCACAGGAUGCCAGUGAUGAUGAGCCCCCUGAAGCAAGCUUGGCAGAGGAGGAAGAGGAGGAGGAGGAGGAGGAGCAGGAAAUGGAGGCGUGGGCGAAGCCCCUCAUCUACCUGUGGCAGAACAAGAAGAGAUGCUUCACAUCAGAGAGGGAGUACAAUGCUCAUGCGGCCUCCAUGCAGCCCCACUGUGCUGUGUGCACACUCUUCAUGCCCUAUUAUCAGGUUGAAGACAAAGCAGAGGACGACACACCUAUCACAGCCAAGUACACCCCCACACUCUCUUCUCCAAUGGAGGGACACACACAUCCCUGUGGUGGUCUCAGGAGAACCAAGCCCCUUAUCCCAGAGAUCUGCUUUUCUUUCCGGGAGCAGAACUGCCCCCCAACUCCCACAAACCCUCUGCUGCAGGAAGACGGCACCUCCCCUCUGCUCUACUGCCAGGGCUGUUGCCUGCAAGUCCACGCAAGUUGCUACGGUGUUGCCGAAGAUGAUGUCGGUGAACAGUGGUCAUGUGAUCGCUGUACAGAAGGAAGCUUUACUGCAGAAUGCUGUCUCUGUAACCUCAGAGGUGGAGCUCUGAAGAAAACCAAAAACGACAAAUGGGCUCACGUGAUGUGUGCGGUGGCACUACCAGAGGCACGGUUCAGAGACGAAGCCAAGAGGAGUCCUAUUGAUACCAGUAGGAUCCCCAUGCAGCGAUUUAAACUGAAGUGCAUCUAUUGUCGUAAGCGAUGCGUGGGGAGAAGGAAGGCAGGUGCUUGCAUCCAGUGCUCAUGUGGCCGGUGUCCCACCUCCUUUCAUGUGACCUGUGCCCAUGCUGCUGGGGUCAUCAUGGAGCCUGAUGAUUGGCCAUAUGUCGUGUCAAUCACCUGCCAUAGACAUCAGUCGCGGAGUUCGUCAGCUCAGCGGGCAUGCCAAGCGUCCAUCUCUCUGGGCCAGACGGUGAUCUCCAAACAUAAAAACCUGCGCUACUACAGCUCAAAGGUCACGCAGAUCACCUCCCAGAUGUUCUACGAGGUCAUGUUCGACGACGGCUCCUUCUCCAACGAUACGUACCCGGAGGAUAUAGUGAGCAGAGAUUGUAUGAACUUGGGCCCUCCUGAAGUUGGGGAAGCUGUUCAAGUGAAGUGGCCCGAUGGGCUGUUCUAUGGUGCCAAAUACCUUGGAUCCAACGUAUCCUACAUGUAUCAGGUGGAAUUUGAGGACGGUUCUCAGGUGCUGGCAAAAAGAGAAGAUGUCUAUACCUUAAACGAAGACCUGCCUAAAAAGGUGAAACGUAGACUUUCCACGGCCUCAAGCAUGCGUUUCCAGGACGCCUUCUUCACCACGCAGGGGGAGAGGAAAAGACAAAGAACGCCUAAUUCACGUUUCCAGAAAGACUAUGUGGCCCUGCCAGGCCUCCGUACAACUGCCAAAAGCACAUGGGAGCAGCGCAGCUACAAAGGGAAAUGAAGUCAUGGAGAAGGAUCGAUGACAAAUGAAUGCUCUGAAGUGUGUGUGUGUGUGUGUGUGUGUGUGUGUGUGUGUGUGUGUGUGUGUGUGUGUGUGUGUGUGUGUGUGUGUGUGUGUGUGUGUGUGUGUGUGUGUGUGUGUGUGGAGAUGCGUGUGUGUGUGGAUGCUUGCGGAUGCGUGUGUGUGGAUGCUUGCGGAUGCGUGUGUGUGGAUGCUUGCGG